CCAACAUCAUUCAUUCAAAGGGUCAGUGGAGAAGUUGUUGCUGGGCUGCUUUUGUCUUGUUGGUGCUGUGUUGUAUGCUUUGGCAAUGCAGCCAACUGACAGCUACUUUCUUACGUUACCCAACACAGGAGAAAGUGACACUAGUGAAUAGCGCUAGACUUCCUUUUCCAGCCAUUACCUUUUGCAACCUCAACCGUGCUCGCAUGUCAAAGCUCAAUUCCUCAAAGUAUCAGUCUCUAACAGAAUACCUGUCUUUUACAUCUGGAAAUGAGUCAGAGGAAGGUUCUAUCAGCCAUGGAAGGGACAGGAACUUUACAUUUGCGCUAUCCCAACUUACCCCACAGGAGCAGAUGGAGCUUGGUCAUCAACUGGAGAACAUGCUGAUCUCCUGUAUCUUUCAUGAUGAAGUCUGUAAUGAAAGCUUCUUUACUCCUUUCUUGAACCCUAAACUUGGUAUUUGUUAUACCUUUAAUGGACGAAGACAAGCUGAUCUUCAGCAUUGGCAGAACUACCAACAAGAGGAAUACCUUAAUGCCACAAAGGCGGGAUUCAGUUAUGGCCUUACAAUGGAGCUUUUUAUUGAGCAAAGUGAGUACAUAAGUAGUCUAAGCACAACAGCUGGGCUCCGAGUUGUCCUUCAUGGCCAAGGGAAGAUGCCAUUCCCAGAGGAUGAAGGUGUGAAUGUUCCACCUGGACAGGAAUCAGAUAUUGGCAUAGUAAAGGUCCAUGUGAAACGUCUGCAAGAGCCAUACAGUAGCAAAUGCAGCAAUGGGAAUGACAUCAGGAAUUUCUACACAGAUGUGUAUGGGACAGACUACAGCCGAGAGACUUGUAAGAAGAGCUGUGCUCAAGCAAAGAUGAUCAAAAAUUGUGGUUGCAGAAUGUGGGAGUUUCCAGAGCCCCCAGGGUCCAAUGUUCCUUUGUGUAACAUCAGUGAGCCUUCCGUUAAUCAUUGUGUGGAAAUGUAUGAAUACAAACUCUCCCACGAUCAGCUGAAAUGUCACUGCCCACUCCAGUGUGAAGAGGAAAUUUUUGAACUCACCCUGUCUUCAUCCCAGUGGCCAAGCAGUAUGUACCUGGAUUCCUUCACUAAACGUCUUCAAAGCAGAAAAGGAUUUCAAAGUGCACAAAGCAUUAGAGACAACGUGGUAAAAGUUGUAGUUUAUUACCAGCAGUUGAACUAUGAACUGAUUGAGGAAGUACCUUCUAUGCAGCUAGUUGACUUAUUUUCCAGCAUUGGAGGCCUGGUGGGUCUGUGGAUUGGCGUUUCUGUCUGCACUGUUGCUGAGUUCUUGGAACUGAUACUGAAUCUCCUGACCUUUGUUAUUCGGCAAAUUUCCAACCAAGAAGAGGAGUCUCCUGCAAACCCAUACACAAUCCCAGGCCCAGAGGUGCAGUCCCCAUUCUCUGCAGAGCACUGCCAGUCGUGGACCUCUGUGGAUGAUGUAUCCUGUCUUCUUGGGAAUAACUCUGAAAGCAGCCAAAACAUGCUGAAUCCAUAUGAAUUCUAUGAAAAAUGAAUGAACUAUCAGUGAGAACUUCCUGUGGGGAAAGACAUUGAAGCUUAUCGCCAAAAGAUUUUGGCUGAGUUAUAUAUAUAUAUAUAUAUAUAUAUAUAUAUAUAUAUAU